GCGCCGAGGACGGAUGUAAUCCAAUUGUGUUGACAUGCGCACAUCACAGCAAUGAAGAGAAGCUUCUCAGCUCGCAAGUUGUAACCAUUAAACUUCUAAACAUUAGCCAGCCGAGAUGCCAGUGUGUUUCUACAUCUGAUUUGGUCAUGAAAAUAUAGGGUUUCAAAGUGUGGUACUUCUAUACACUGUUCUAUCUUGCAUGGACCCAAAACUGAUGCGCAGGGCCACCAGUGCACGGCAAGACGCUACUGGAAUGGACAUUACUAGCCGGUGUACUCUGGGGGACCCUAAUAAACUGCCCGAAGGGGUCCCCCAGCCUGCACGCAUGCCAUAUGUGUCAGACAAACACCCGCGGCAGACCCUGGAAGUGAUAAACCUUUUAAGGAAGCACCGCGAGCUCUGUGAUGUGGUACUUGUGGUGGGUGCCAAGAAAAUUUAUGCCCAUCGUGUCAUCCUUUCGGCCUGCAGCCCCUAUUUCAGAGCGAUGUUUACUGGGGAGCUUGCUGAAAGUAGGCAGACAGAAGUAGUUAUCCGAGACAUUGAUGAGAGAGCAAUGGAACUUUUGAUCGACUUCGCCUACACAUCACAGGUGACAGUGGAGGAGGGGAACGUUCAGACACUGCUUCCCGCGGCCUGUCUUCUCCAGCUAGCUGAGAUCCAGGAGGCUUGCUGCGAGUUUCUCAAGAGGCAGCUGGAUCCUUCCAACUGUCUUGGUAUCAGAGCAUUUGCUGACACUCACUCGUGCCGCGAGCUGCUACGCAUUGCCGACAAGUUCACUCAACACAAUUUUCAAGAGGUAAUGGAAAGUGAGGAGUUCAUGCUGCUACCUGCCAAUCAGUUGAUUGAUAUAAUUUCCAGUGAUGAACUUAAUGUGCGAAGUGAGGAGCAAGUUUUUAAUGCUGUGAUGGCCUGGGUAAAAUAUAGCAUUCAGGAACGCAGACCACAACUACCCCAGGUGCUGCAACAUGUCAGACUCCCGCUCCUAAGCCCAAAGUUCCUGGUAGGCACUGUUGGGUCAGACCCUCUCAUCAAGAGUGAUGAGGAGUGCAGAGACCUAGUUGAUGAGGCAAAGAAUUAUCUGCUGCUGCCACAAGAGAGGCCACUAAUGCAGGGCCCAAGAACUCGCCCAAGAAAACCCAUACGGUGUGGAGAAGUCCUUUUUGCAGUUGGGGGUUGGUGCAGUGGGGAUGCCAUAUCCAGUGUGGAACGAUACGAUCCUCAAACUAAUGAGUGGCGGAUGGUGGCAUCCAUGAGUAAACGGCGCUGUGGAGUUGGUGUCAGUGUCCUGGAUGACUUGCUGUAUGCUGUAGGAGGUCAUGAUGGCUCCUCUUACCUCAACUCAGUAGAAAGAUAUGAUCCAAAGACCAACCAGUGGAGCAGUGAUGUGGCCCCAACUAGCACCUGUCGGACCAGUGUUGGCGUGGCUGUUCUUGGCGGUUAUUUGUAUGCUGUGGGAGGACAGGAUGGUGUUUCCUGUCUUAACAUUGUCGAAAGGUAUGAUCCUAAAGAGAACAAAUGGACUCGUGUAGCUUCCAUGAGCACCAGGAGACUGGGUGUUGCUGUAGCUGUGCUAGGAGGAUUUCUUUAUGCAGUAGGGGGGUCUGAUGGGACAUCUCCAUUAAAUACAGUGGAGCGUUACAAUCCUCAGGAGAACCGAUGGCACACAGUAUCUCCAAUGGGUACCCGACGAAAGCACCUUGGCUGUGCAGUCUACCAAGACAUGAUUUAUUCGGUUGGAGGUCGGGAUGACACAACAGAGCUGAGCAGUGCGGAGCGUUACAAUCCUAGGACCAACCAAUGGUCUCCCGUAGUUGCUAUGACGUCCAGGCGGAGCGGGGUGGGCCUAGCUGUGGUCAAUGGUCAACUGAUGGCAGUAGGAGGAUUUGAUGGGACCACUUAUUUGAAAACUAUAGAAGUUUAUGACCCUGAUGCCAACACAUGGCGGUUGUAUGGCGGGAUGAAUUACCGACGACUAGGUGGUGGAGUGGGCGUGAUUAAAAUGACUCACUGUGAAUCGCACAUAUGGUAACAGUCCCCUUAUCUGCAUAUUUUGAAAUGGAGGCCAGCAACACUCAUACCUCCAUAAAAGAAUGUUACUUAUGGGAGGAUGAGAGAAAUGUUUGGACAAACACCAUGGAAAAAAACAACACAUUUCUCUGCUCGUCAUUCUUCCUGCAAGGUCAUUUACCUUUUAAAACUAGUCCUCAGUGAUUGAACAUUCUUGCAGCGAGAGCAUACAUUCACCUGAGAUGGUCAAGAUUGGACAAGCAGUUAAUAGGUCCUGGCCCAUUGACUUCAUCUUACUGUUACCCUCUAAGCUUCUAUCUUUAAAACAGGUUUUCAAACAUGCCGAUGUGUGUAGCUGAGGUGUGUUUACCUUGAAGUAAAAAGUUGAUACCAGAGGAAAGCUUGGGUUUUUUUCCGAAACAGACCCAAAACAUUAAAUAAUAAAAUUGCGUUUAAGCAAACAAGCAAUCUUUUUUUCCACCUUCAUUAAGAUAUUUCCUGGCCAGCAUCAAGUGCACACGAUCUGCUCUACUCAUGUUUCGACAUAGAUUCAGGCUGUAAACCAUCUCAGUUAGGAUUCAUAAGUGUAUUUUAAACAUAGAAAGUGAUCAGACAGAUAUUCGCCAACAAAAGGUAGCUCUAUCAUCCUGUUACUUACCAACACGGUAAGAAGGAUGAAGUUAAAAUUUUUUUUUUUAAAAGUCUGAUUAAAGCAUGCUGCAUUUUGCACAUGGCUGGCAAUGCAUUUUAUUACUUUUAACUUUAGGGUUGUUCUUCGUUAUACUGCUGCAAUAAAUACAUGUAUAGAUUCCAAGAGAUUUCAAAGUACGCCUUUUCUGAUAGUUACAGAUCCUUGGCUGUUUUUCUGAUUUGUUCAGUAUAGUAUAUUGCGAACGUCUUUAAAUCAUUAAAAUUAGACUCGGAUGAAAAUUUAUUUCCUCAUUUUAAACCUUUUGAAUUGUAACAAGAUAACAGACCUACUAAGGGCUAUCUCGCAAGAGAAAACAAAUGCCGCUCUUUGGGUCAUUUACAAGAUUUGCUUAGUAAUAAAGAAUGAAUUGGGCCUUAUAUAAUGCAGUGCUAAAAAAUGUUCUAGAACACACCAGAAAAUACAGGUUUUUGUUCACAAAGAGCACAUGAAUAACAAGUACUUUCUUUUUUUGCUUUUAAUUUUUUUUCUUAAUUGGUAUUGGUGCCCUGCGAUUGGUUGGUGACCAGUUCAGCGUGUACCCUGCCUACUGCCCAUAGUUGGUUUGAAUAGGAUCCAAUGCCCCUUCAACUCUAGUGAUAAGUGGCAUGAAAAAUGAAUGAAUAAUUGGUAUUUUGACCACGUGGUCGUUAAAAGUAGAGUUAAUAUAUUUGCUUUGGAGAAAUUUAUUUUCAUUUCAGGAAAGGAAUAAUACAUCUUUGAAUUAGUAUUGCAGGCUGCAAUUUGUGAAUUUUUCAGUGAAUUGCGACCACAAAGUGAGAAUGUGGGUAAAAGAUUAGCACCCAUGGAGCACAUUACAAUAAAAAACAACAAAUGAUUCAGAAAUUAAGAUGUUACUGGCUCGCUGGAUAGGUUCAAUAGUAUUUUACACGAUUCAUGUAUUUGUAUUUGAUUACAACAUGCAAAUCACUUCUUAAUUGUAUUGCUGAUGCAUACACUUUUGUUAAACUUGUUUCAUCAAUUUUUUUCUGCAUUGGUUUCCAUUCCGUGAAAGGGUGAUCGUGGCCAGCACUGUGGUGCAAUGGUGCCACCAGCUGGAGUCUGGAAUAGUGCAGCUGUUCCUUUGUAAUCAUGCUGUAUUUUCCGAGUGGUUGACCUUGUGUGGAAACAGUUUAUGACAACCCCAGAUUGGAUACUCUAAAUCUAUGGCAGUUUAACUGGAUGUUUGAUUUUACAAUUUAAUUUCUGUACUGACACUUUAUUAAACUUCACAAAAAUAUAUUAAAAAGUCCCCAGUUUUUUUUCAGCAGACAUGUCUGCUCUUAAUGUGCAACAAAAGUACGCAACAAAUACUGGCUUGUUUCUUUAAAUGCAGCACUUGGACCGACUUACUCAUACGAGUCAUUACUGUUCUGCAUUUCAUAUCAUUGAUUAAAUGUUAAAGGCAGCUGAGAUCUGAUUGCAUGAAGGAACAGACGUACUCUCGGAUUAAUAAUCAAGAAACUUUACUUUUUUUUUUUUUUUGGUUUAAGAUCCAGGCUACAUUGAUUAUUUAUAUAGUUAUGCAAGUCUUAUUGUCUACCUAUAAAUGCAUAUUUCACAAUAUCUGUACUUUUAAAAUUUGGUCAAUUUGUUAGUGACAUGCAGAGUAAAACCCAGCUUUUGAAAAUAUAAGGGAAAUGUUUUUUGGCGGAAGAAAAAAACAUUUUUUUUUUGAUUCAGUAAUGCAUUCAGCUGGUGUACUUGUUUUCCCCCCAUGAGAAAGCUUUUCUAUUGUUCAUUGUAAACCCACCAAUUAUGUGAUGCUACAGUGGAAGAAGGAAAGAGGCUCAAGAGGUAAAACUAAAUGAAUAAGUAUAUCAUUAAAAAAAAAUUUUUUUUGGGGGGCGGUUUUAUUUCAGGGCAGCACAUGUACUUUUUUCCCCAUGAAACGGCCUUAAUUUAAAUGUUUUCUGGGCCACCAUUUUUUUUUUUAAACCAACUCUGACACAAAGACUGAGGUAUCUAAACUGGAGGGGUUUACCUGAGAGUAAUUUGCUCUUGAAAUGAUUAGUUGGAACUUGCUCAUCUUGUUUGGAGUGACCAAUGUAAAAUGUUUUACAUGUGACCUAAACAGAUUCCUAACACAGCUUCAUUUUUAAGCUAUUGUCAGAACAUAAAAAAUGUUCUCUAUAAAAAAAAAGAAUAAAGUGUGUUUUGGUGAAAA